AUGUGUGGGGAAAUUGGCGCUUCAGCGCUUCAGCGCUCAACCAGCAACAACCCCAGUCUGUCUCACCUCCGAGUAUCGACAAAAAAGUCCGAAGUCACUUGUGAACUUAAAGCUAUGGAUUUGUUGACAGAUACCGACCGGCGAUUAACCGUAGAACGACUCCUAAAGUACCAAGGCACCGCCAAGAUCGACCUCAACCAAAUCUCUCUCCAGCCACUCAUGAGCCGUGAGAUUGACCAGAAGAACGUGGAACGAUUACGUGAUAUCUUUGCUAAGGAUGGGUGCCAGCGACUCGACAUUCGAAAUCACGUGACUGCUAUUGUCUCUAAGCAGCACCUCGAAAGAGCAUGCCGUGCCGCAGGACUGACCCCCGAAGAACUUAAAACUUGUCAACCGCAAUACCCCCGCCUUCUUUUUCGUGGGCAUCAAGUACAAUGCCUCCAUGGGCAGCAUAGAUUGAAAGCUGCCGAGGAAACCUUACCUCCCUCAGACCGGUGGUGGUCGGUGGAUAUAUAUCUGGAUGAUAUAAGCCCUGACCUAAGGACUGCACUCAUAGAUGAAUAUUCAAACGAAAAGGCUCCAACUGAUGGAGAAGUGUACCGGAAAAUCCGCCAGUAUCAGCAUGAGGCGAACGCGCUCUUUCAAAAUCGUUGGUGGACUCGACUAUCGCCGAACAAAGCCAAGCGGCUGAGGCAGCUCACUUCCCCAGAUAACACAUAUCUCUGUGCAGCAUUUGACGCGUUACUUGCGAUCCCUGGGCUCUGGAAUGGGAUGAGCCUUGGGCUAUUAAACACAGUUCUGGCUUUAAAGUGUGAUGAAGAACUCAUUCACUACUUGACACAUGUGAAGAAGUUUUGGGCAACCCUUGUCAACCAUGACCGCACUCGGAUGGCCCUUAUUGACCUCCACACCGUUGACACCCUGCAGCUUUACGCUCCUCGUGCGUCUAAAGUUGACCGGAAGACGGUGAAGGGGAAAAUCCUCGGCGGGGAGGUCUUCUCCAACUUUAGCCGGUCCGAACGUGCGGCAAUAUGGGAGAAGAUCCGGACCCAUGAAAUGUGCGACGGCAUCAUCCCAUCCCUUCAUACCUUUUUCCGCGAUAUUUCCUACCUGGAACUCUGUGCCAACGCUGUGAAACGGCUGGUUGUUUUAAACAAGCAACAGCUGACCUUGCGAAGCGCGCUAGUCCAUAGCUUUCGAUCUCGUCGCUCUAACGGGACUUGUAUAAUCCAGACAUCGGAGACUUCUUUUCGACGACUGCCUGGAUCUAGGGAUGAACGUAUAUCCUCUGGUUAUCGUCAAAUCUGGAUGUACGCGAUGCGACACUACCCUGACAUGGCCAAGGAUCUUCAGUGCGGCCCAAAGGCUAAUCCCACGCGGGCAAAGGCACGAGCGAGGGCGGACGAGGGAGUGAUUCAUGGAAUGGCCACCCUUGCCAAGAAGCUAGGAUUUCGUACUCCACCAAUUAAGGCGAUCUUACGACAAUCACCUGACCAACAGAUGGCCCGGGCUGCCCUGCUCAAAGCACGGAAGCCGGACCACUACCACUAUGACCGUGAGACCUUCGAGUCUCUUGUCGAGCGGAUUGCUGAUUGUUUUGCGCUUGCUAUCCCAAACGAGGCUGCACCGGUGGUGCAUAUCACUGGACGUGCAAUUCAGCUAAAGGAGCGCUGUGGAGUGCCUCAGGAGCAAACCCAGCAACUAGACCGCCCACAUAUCUUCUUUGACACUCUACACUCGGCAACGGUGUCGCAAAGAAACCUCUCAUCGCUGGAGGUGAGACGAAGCGUUUACUACGCCUUUUUCGGCAAGCCCUCCCCAACAACCUCCCCAAGUGCUUCUCUGGGGCAGCCAUCGUCCAACGAGCCUCUUUCACCAUUAUUUAUCCCCAGCGAUGUUCUGAUGUCAGAGUCGGAACCGGCCUACGACAAUGUGUCGAGAAACGACUUCGAUGAGGCGUCAUUCCAUAGCCGUCAGGAUCGUUCGGAAACUCCUGAAGAACAACAUCAGAGGCAAGGAGAUCGAUGGCAUCGACACCAAGAAAGACAGCCGGCGGUGGAGCACGGCUCACCUCUUCCCCAAGAGCCUUCCAUACCAAGUUCCAUAAGAGCGGCGUCUACUAUCUCUGAGGUCAUGGAUAUGGAUUGCGAAAGGUCUGACGCAGAAGAUCAGAUUCGACGGCAGAUUGCCGAACAACCGCCGGUAGGUAGCAGGGGAAUGGAUUCUGACAGUGAGGAACCGGAGGAUACGGAGAUCGAUGAAGAUGACCUACGUAACCGAUCAGAGGGUGGGAGUCCUGGGGUGGAGGGCACAGCCGCUGUGGUUCAUUCGACAUCAGGGGCGCCAGACGAUACGGAGAUGUCCAGCGUACCAGACGAGGGAGCAGAUGCAGUGGACGGGGCCACGGACAUGGGUUCAUCCACGCUGACCCAAUCCGAGCCGGUGGAAGAUCGUGCUGGAAUGCCAGCUACAUUUUCACGCCAGUCGAGUGUUCAGUCACCAACAAUUCCCACAGUGCGUAAGGAUGCGAUAUGGAAACCAUAUGAUGCUACACAGAAAGGCAACCGCAACGUGACAAAAAGAUCGCUUGCCGCCCGAGGCCAGUCGAUCGCACAGGGUGCUAUGACCAACUCGGAGCCAAGCGCGGAGCAACGGCCUGGAUUUGGUUCGUUGCAACCCAUCGCAGAGCACACUGAGCUGGAAGUAACUCGGUCGGUCGACCAGCCGGAUGGCCCGGAGCAUAUUUCUGGAGGACCAUUACCAGCUGAAGCUCCGCAAGGAACAGUCGGAGAGCAAAUUCCGCCCGGACCGGAGCUCAUCACUGGAGCGGGUGGAGAAUCACAAGAAGAUCUAGUCGCCCGGGAGCGCGCAGAUGCUCUUGAUCAGCUACAAACACCUGGGGCUAUCCCCCGGCCUGUGACUGAGCUUCCCCUUGACUUGCCGGAUCUGAUUACACGAUUGCGAGACGAGGGAAGCCAGCUGGAGGAUGAAAGUGUACCCCUUGCCAAUCAUCCAAUGCAGGGAUAUCCGGAACCGGGGGCUGGAGUUGCUCCGCCACGUACUGAACCCCCCGUGCCCAGUGCGAUGGAGAGCUCGCGUGGUAGUCCAUGGGACGAUGAGAAUGCCCCACGGUCUCCCGGUCCGCGCCUGAGAACCAGUCCGCAACCACGCAAACCAGAUGGCGUGCGGAAACUGCGGGCGAAGAACCGACCGACGCAUCAAGAUCUCAAUCGGGCAGGAACUCGGGAUGCCGCCAUCGCAGAUGAAUUAUGGAAUAGUGAUGACGGGGAUGAAAACUCGGCCGGUGCUGCUGACGCGGGCCCCUCUCCACUGGACACCGAACGAUACCCAGCCAAUACACCCGAUCCGGAACAGGCUCAACGUGAAGCGAUUGACAGACAGGAGGAGGAGGAUUCCCUGUUUGACACUCCGCUUCCGUUGGAAGAAACGGAUUCCCAAGAGAUGGAAGAGGCCCAGCGGCGGGUCACGAUAACCUUCCAGGUCUACGAGCGAAGUCAAUGGAGCACUACGGAUGUGGUGUCUGUGAGCCCUGAUCACCUUGCCGAGGCGCAGAUUCUCGCCGACGAAUAUGCACGGGAUCCCAACCGGAAUGCACGUUUCUACGAUGGCCAACUCCGCAAGGUUGCGGUCGAUGAGUGCAUUCGCGCUGCGAUUGACGAUGGUAGUUUCACCGUCCUGAUGAGUUUUGGAAGGGACCUCGUGGUGACCCGGCAGCUUGUCGCGUCUAUCGCACCACUUCGGACUGUUGGCGGUGAUGAGCCAGCACGUGGGCAGGACCAACCUGGAAAGCGGAUGAAAGCCAACGCCGGCACUGCGUUGACCGGACCCGUUCAAACGUCGGAGGAUCCAGCUCCGACGGCGACCAGCGCAUCCACCUCGAGUGUGAGCGAGCGAUGCAACCGCAAAAAGCUGACGCCUCGGAUCGUCGCUCGGCGGGCGCAGGAUGUGCGGCCUCAUCAGACAGAGGCAACUCCUCAGUCCGUAGCGAUCGUGUUCCGGGUCCGAGAAGACGACGGGCGUUGGAAGACGGCGCACGAGGUGGUCGUUGAUCGGUCGGAUCCAUGGCAGGUAGAACGGGUGGCGAGAAAGGAGGCGAGAAACCGGCAGGCAACGUUCUACGAUAAGAAUCUGCGGCUGCUCACGCCCGCACAAUGCUUCAAGGCAGCCAUUGAGGAUGACACCAAUACCAUUUUUAUGCACUUCGGGGGGGAGCUUGCGAUGGACGAAGAUACGAUGAGGUCGAUCGCACGCGACGUGGAAUUGUGA